AAAACGUUAGACAAAUCAAAAUAGACAGGCGGGAAUAACUAUUUCAGUUAAUACUAAAAUGACUAUACAAUACGUUUAUGCCAGCGAGUUGAGGUCCUAUAAGAAAUUACUACACGUUGGCGUACCUCUUACUAGAGAAAAAAGGAACAAAAAAAGAAAAGAAAGAAAGAAAGAAAAGCAAAGCAAACUAGAAACCAUGGGUUCUCUAACAAACCGAAACCUUCCUGUCAUAGAUUUGACCAAGAACAACGUGGACCCGAACUCCAGUUCAUGGUCAACUACACGUUCGAAUGUGGUACGUGCCCUUGAAGAUUAUGGUUGUUUCGUAGCAAUCUUUGAUAAAGUUUCGCCGGAGCUUGAUAAAGCCAUCUUUGGAGCUGCCGAGGAAUUGUUCGAUCUUCCGGUCGAAUCUAAAGUCUUAAACACUUCAAAGACGCCUUCUCAUGGCUACGUCGGGCAAGAACCGGUUGUUCCUCUUUAUGAAGGUUUAGGCAUUGAAAAUGCCACUACUCUUGAAGGUGUUCAAACUUUCACUAAUCUCUUGUGGCCCAAUGGAAAUUCCAAUUUCAGGGAAACAGCACUAUCAUUUUCGAGAAUUGUGGCUGAAUUGGAUCAACUGGUGAUGAUAAUGGUGUGUGAAACUUAUGGCAUUGAAAAAGAAUACGAGUCGCUUCUGGGGUCGAUGUCGUAUCUUCUUAGGCUAAUAAAGUACCGAGGACCCGAAGAAAAUGAGAAGAAUUUGGGAAUUGUUCCUCAUACUGAUAAGAGCUUCAUGUCCAUUCUGCAUCAGCAUCAAGUCAAAGGUUUAGAAAUCAAAACCAAAGAUGGGGAAUGGAUUCUCAUUGAUCCAUCUCCUCGUUCGUUUGUUGUCAUGGCUGGCGAUGCUUGCAUGGCAUGGACUAAUGGAAGAAUUGAACCGCCUCAUCAUCGGGUGACGAUGACCGGGAAAAAGGAGAGAUAUUCGCUUGGAUUAUUCACUUUCAUUAGGGACUUAAUGAUUGAAGUACCAGAAGCACUUGUUGACGAGGAGCAUCCGCUGCAAUACAAGCCGUUUGAUCACUACAAGUUCAUUGACUACUACUUCACUGAGGAGGGGAAAAAGUCCAAAUGUGCCAUUAGAUCAUAUUGUGGGAUCUAAUAAUUUCCUUGUAUACAAGGAUAAUGUGUGUGUGAUAAGUACGAAGAAAAGAAAAUGUGUGUUCAAAUGUUUUAUUAGCUCUCUUCCUCAUAAUAAUUAAUUUACAAUCAUAGGAUUUCGUGAAUGUAAUAUAUUUGGAUAUCGCUAGUUUAAUUUGUUGUCACCUUCCAAAGUAUAGUAGUAUAUAAAAUAUAAAUUGUCCUACGGUCCUACCGACAUUUAUGCGGUAUAGCCAUUGCAUUUCACACAUUCAUUUAUUU